UGCGUGCCAACUCUAUCUUCCUCGUCACUGAUCCGCCAUAACCCGUCUUGAGCUCACCAAUAUCGCCACUCACCACAACGAACCGGCAGCACUGAAAAAGCCCAAUUCUUGCCUCACCAUGACGAUACCUCCAAAUCAAGAUGAUGGUAAAGCGAGGACUACUUAUUUCAAUUCGCCUGCACUGGAUGUCUCCCUUGCUUUUCCCCAAGCAACUCCGGCGUCUAAAUUUCCUCCCUGCACUUCCGACUAUUAUCAAUCUAAUGAUCUAUUGACGCCUGAGGAGCAGGCUCUCAGGAUGAGAGUUAGACACUGUGUAGAGAAAGAAGUAGCUCCAAUCAUGGCAGAGUAUUGGGAAAAGGCAAAGUUUCCAUUUCAUAUUAUUCCAAAGCUCGGUGCCUUGCGAAUUGCUGGGGGCACAAUCAAGGGUUAUGGGUGUCCCGGUCUUUCUGUUACAGCAAAUGCUAUUGCUACAGCGGAAGUUGCUAGAGUUGAUGCUAGCUGUUCUACUUUCAUCCUAGUGCAUUCAUCACUAGCAAUGCUCACUAUUGCAUUAUGUGGAUCAGAGGCUCAAAAACAGAAAUAUUUACCGUCUUUGGCAGAGUUCAAAACUGUAGCCUGUUGGGGUUUGACUGAGCCUGAUUAUGGAAGUGAUGCAAGUGCCUUGAAAACCACCGCAACAAAGGUGGAAGGAGGUUGGAUACUUGACGGCCAAAAGCGCUGGAUAGGAAAUGCUACCUUUGCUGAUGUGUUGGUUAUUUUUGCAAGGAAUACAACAACAAAUCAGAUCAAUGGAUAUAUAGUAAACAAGAAUGUCCCUGGACUGAAAGCUACAAAAAUAGAAAAUAAAAUUGGUUUGCGCAUGGUUCAAAAUGGAGAUAUUCUCUUAAAGCAAGUUUUUGUCCCUGAUGAGGACAGGUUACCCGGUGUUAAUUCUUUUCAGGAUACCAGCAAGGUACUUGCUGUUUCCCGCGUCAUGGUUGCCUGGCAACCUAUUGGUAUAUCUAUGGGUGUCUAUGAUAUGUGCCACAGGUAUCUGAAGGAGAGAAAACAAUUUGGAGCACCCCUAGCAGCUUUCCAAAUCAACCAAGAGAAACUUGUUCAUAUGCUGGGUAAUGUUCAAGCUAUGAUACUUAUAGGUUGGCGUCUCUGCAAGUUGUACGAAGCAGGUAAAAUGACUCCGGGUCAGGCUAGCAUGGGGAAGUCAUGGAUCACUGUGAAAGCAAGGGAAACUGUUGCUCUAGGGAGGGAAUUACUGGGCGGCAAUGGAAUCUUAUCCGAUUUUCUGGUUGCAAAGGCUUUCUGUGAUUUGGAACCCAUCUACACCUACGAAGGCACCUAUGACAUCAACAGCCUAGUGACAGGUAGGGAAAUCACUGGGGUUGCCAGCUUCAAACCAGCUCCAUCAAGCAAACGAAGCCGCCUGUAGCAGCAUUACUUUCUAGAUCUCAACUCUGUAAAACUCUUUCUAGAUCUCAACUCUGUAAAACCAAGUGUUGUUUCAUGUCAACACGGUUUAAAUAAGAAAGAUAGACCGGUACUUCUGUAUCAUCCAUUCAAGUGUUGAAUAGUUGACAACAGAAAAUAUAGUUAUAAUAACAACUGUAUC